AUCACGGAAAUGGCAACACUCAAUGUUUGUCGUAGAAAUUGAGGGAAAAUUGAUAGAUUUCAAAUCUAGAUCUUAGAUGAUUCUGUUGAUUCUCUUGCAAUUGAAAUUAGUACAGAUUCUAACUGACGAUUUCGGAGUGCAAUGCCCAGAAAUAGACCAUCAUUUAGACUAAUUCUCAUGCACAUUGAGAUUGCCUCUGCUGAAUUACUUCGGUUCAGUCUGGAGGACUUUUCUGAAUCUCAAGAAAUUUGGAGGAAAGAGAUUCGUGAAAAUUUCCAAAAAAUGAAAGCUGAAGGUUCCAACUUACUCCAGCUGGAAGAAGAGCUUAUAAAAAGAAGAAAAGAAGAAUUAAGACAUGCACAGGAUGUCAGAGAGCAUUAUGAAAGCAAGUUGAACAAUUUGUAUAUAGAAUUAACAGCUUGUAUGCUGCAACUGGAAAAGAGGGAACAGGAGCUCAUCAAAGAACAACAACUGACUUUGUACAAUAAACAUAGAAAGAGUAUCGUUCGACCAAUCAUAAAAGCUCAAGAAAAGUUAGAUCGACUUGGUAAAAAACGUACACAUAGGUCAGGGUCUGAAGUCACGACGCCAGACUCUAUGAAAAACACAGAAGGGAGCAUGACAACUAGCUCUGAGCUGGUACUACCGUCUCCUAUGAAAUUGGGUACCAGAAAGUCUCUUCAUCGUCGGAAUAACAGCAGAGGGUCUAUGAAAGACAUUACCUCUGCUCAAAUCUCAAUCUACAUAUGGCUUCAUCCUACUGACCAUGCACCCUAUCCUGGGACAUUUAAAUUUUUGGGACCUGCCACUGCAAUCGGGGAGUAUCGAAGUGAAGAUGAAGCUGAUGGCCAAGAGAAAAGGUUAGCUCAUAUGGAAAACAACAUGAAGAAACGUCAGGAGUGUUGUAGCAGAAACUCAUCCACUUCUGCCACCAGGCACUUGCCAAUCUCAAAACACUCACCUGUAAGUAAACACUUACCAGCAUCAAAACAGAACUCUUCGUCCUAUCAAGACAAUAACAUUAAUGAUGUCUGCUUUGGCUGUGAUGGUGGCUGCAGUGAUGCUACUUGUAGCAGAAAUGCUCAUCCCAGAUUUGAUGAAGAAAGGAGUUAUGAAAACAUUAGAGGAUACAAUACGCUAGGAAAUUUAGAGACCAACUGUUUCCAAAGUGGAAUAGAAAAAAGAAAUGAGUCACCAGAGAAGACCAAUGCUCCGAAGAAGUUUAGAAAUACAAAGCACUCUGAAGAUUCAUGCUCAGAAGAAGUAGGAGACGUUAGUGAGGAUGAUGAAUCAAGUAGCCACCCUCCCUGUCGUCAGUCUCUCUCAACUCUCAGUUCUGAAGGUGUGUUGUCUGAGGAGGACAUGACUAGCAAUCGCUCUGGUCAUCAAGAUGGCAGUGGUGAUAAUGGCUUGUUGUCUACGGGUAGUGCAGAAAAUUUACAAGCAGAGUUGACAAAGUUUACAAAUAUACCUGAUGGGUUGUCCGACAGGCAGAAGACUGUCAGGAAGAUGAAGAAUAAAGUCAACUCCCAUGACAGAAUAUUUGAAAAAUGUGAUACAGAAACUAGUUCAAGUUCUGAUGAAUGCUCUGACAUGACUGUCUUAUCAACUAUGCACAAAACCAGAUCUCUAGAAACUAGUGCACACUGGUAGUAGUUUUUCUCUUAGUUCUAUUUCCUCCAGACAGAAGUCUUCAGUUCUAUCACUUACAAUUAGUGUGUUCAGUUGUUAGUGAACUGUGCUAGAUAAACAUCAUUCAGACAUCGAUACAGAUGGUUAGACAACCAUUUACAAUGUUUUGUUUGGACAUCCAUCAAGUUGGAUAGACUACCAUUUACGCUGUUUUGCCAUUUGUUUAAAUCAAGCAGUAAACUAGUCCUGUGACGUCAUGGAUUCAAAAUUUCACUAUAACAAAAACAUCUUAUAACACAAAGACAGCAUCUUUGAAUUGCAUUACUUGGUGGAUGUAACAUUGCAUCAAACCAAUGUUUUCACUGCUCUUGGUCUGAGACCACCAUCAAUUGCACAUAAAAGGAUUCAUUUAUCAUUGUGCACCAUCUUUAGAAAUGAGGACCUUCAUGGAAUGCAUUCAGUUUAAAUCUAAAUUGAAGUCAUGUAACAAUCUCAAUUUAAAAAAAACUCAACAAUUGACAUGUCGCCACUACAGCAAGUCAGGAGAAACAGAAUUUCUGUGAAAAUGUCUUAAUUUUAUAUGUUUACACUUAAAUAAAUAAAUAAAUUAUUGCUUUAAUAUAGUGCUACUUUCAUGCCUAUAGCAUGCUUAUAAUGCUAUGGUCCAAUCUCAUUCAUGGACCAGUGAGGGGGUAUCUGUGAGGUUUUCCGUGCUGCCUUUAGGUGCUCAGUAAACACAACUAUGCCUGAGUCAAGUGUCGAACCUCGAGCCCCCCUUCAUAGGUAGCCAAGCCAAGUUCAAGCGUACUUAGCCUCUGGACCACGCUUCCCACUUAGAAUAAACUUUAAUUGUAUAUUUUUACACUUAGAAUAAACUAUUCAGUUAGUUUGGCUACCAUACACAAACUGUCUAUCAUUGCCACUGAUACAUCAAGACUAAAGAGAUUUGAUUUUCCUUACUUAUGCUCAUCUUCUUUGCAUUGAUGCGAAUAUGUAAUUUUUUGUGUGGCAUGAUUCUAAUUAUCUUAUACUAAUAGUAAAACUUUAAAUGUUUAUGUAAGCAUCACCUCACCAUAUCCUGAUUGUAUUAUGCUUGUCACAUAUAGAAAAAGUAAAAUGCAUUGCUAUUAGGGAAAAUCAUAUUAAAAUGAUGGCAAAUUUGUGCAUUUUCUGCCAAUAGAAACUUGAUCUAAACUAAAUAAAAGCAUGCACUAAAUCAAUGAAUGAAAAAUUGUCAUUUUAUAUCAGAUUUGUCAAUGGUUUAUACAAGUCUAGAAUAACUUUUCAAAGCUAACCCUGGGCCAUUGAUGUAUUGUCUGGAGGAGGAUGAGCAGUAUUUUUUAAAUUUUUGUUGUUUUAUGUCCAUUCUAACAGUUCUGUGAACUCAUCCUUUUUAAAACUACCAGCUAUUUCAAUUGAACUAACUACUUACUGGUUAAUAGAUUUUUUUUUUUAAAUUUUGAUCUAAAUGAGAUUUGAUCAAAGGACAUUAGUACCUUUAGAUUCUAAUUUUGAAAUGUAUUUAGUUAAAUUCUGUUCCAAAUAUUAGUGAUUUUCACACAUUUUUCCAUUUCUCUGAUUUUUGCUUCUUAGAUAAUGUACACUGAUGACAUAGACCUUUUUUUCUGUUUCUAGUAUAAAUAAUCAAUUUGAACAAGUCAAUGUGAAUCUUGUGCAUAUGAAAUUUACCUUCCAAAAUCCCCCUCAACCCCCUCCCUUUUUUUUUAGUUUUAUCAGGGGAGUCAAUAAUAUUUAAACUUCAAUGAGUUACCAAAAUCAUUGUAGAUCAGUUUUAUAAUUAGUACUGGAUCCACUACAUCUGUGGGGAUAUGAUCAUUUUGAAUGGUGGCACUUCAUAUGGGGAUAGAGCCAAUGAUAGAAUCAUCAGAUGUUUGUGGGAAAUAAAACUAAGUGGGCCUGUGAAGAAGGGCUUCUAAGUGUAUGAUGCUCAUUUCCUUGAUAUAUAUUUUAAUUUAUUUUUAAAGUGAACUAACUUUAGCUUUAAUGAUUUAUUUCCUUAUGCUAAACCCAGUAUAGCUUCAAUUCAUUGUGAUUGACUUAUCUAUAAGUAGGCCAUCUCUGUAGUCACUUUCCCCACUAUGUAGUUUUAUUACUUCUUUCAUCUUAGGGAAUCCUAUUCAAUAUGUCAUUUAUUAAAUGGCUUCACCUUCUGAAAUAAUUUCUUGAUAUGUCUGGUAAUUAUUAAUACCAAAUCUUCAGAGAUCAGCUCCAACAGCAGAAAUAGAUUAUACCAUCAACAACAUUUUAAUACUAGUCAUUUUGUUUAAAAAUAACACAAAUUGUUAGUUGUAUCAAGUCUUACAACAUUGGCAAGAUGUCACAAAUUAUACAUUCAACAGUGGUGUGCCUGGCUGUCUGAAAUUGCAUGAGUGUUUUUGUCUCUCAUUGCACUUUGUUUUAAAAGUUUUUGUACCAGACUCUCCAAUGAGACCAAUUUUUUUGUAUACACUAACUUCCUUCUAUUGUCUAAAGGCAUUGACUGAUACUUCUGAACAAAGAUAUUUAUUUUCUCUCUUUGUUCACUUUUUUUUCUCUUUCUUUACUUUUGGAUUAUCUUCCUUUUCUUGUUUACAUUUAAGCUAUGGAAUGUUAUAUUUUCCUUUGAUGUAGAAUCAUCUAUUUCUGACAUCAGCACAAAUUUUAGGGCAUUCUCCCCUCAUGAGUAUUUUAUUGCUAAGCUCUUUGUUGUGUCUUAACAUUUAGUGCUGAAUUCACUACUUCUAUAGUGAUAGUCAAAGGAAUUUGUUAGGCUUCACUUGUUUACAAUAUCAAAUUAGGCAGAUAAAAGUUAAGUUUUUUUUUGUUUUGUGUAUUUUGAGUAAGUUUUAUAUAAUGACAAUAAUGUCAUAGUAAAAACAAAAGAGUUUGAUAUGAAAUGAAAACAGUUCAUAAUGCUAGUGUCUUUGGUGACAGUCAAGUUUUGUGUAUCAAGAAGUUUUGGACUUAAUUAUUUGGUUAGUGACAGCGAUGACAGACAGAUUCCCUUCAUUAUUAGAUUAAAAGUUUGAACUGCCAAUACACUUGAUUGUCUCAUUAUAUUGUUGGCAUUGCCUCUGUGUUCAUUUGGUUAGUUGAAAUUAGUUGUUAGAAUACUCAAGACACAGCGAAGAAGUUACCAUCAAUUUGUACAUCUAGGCCUGACCACAGUAUGAAAUGCUAAGAAGAUUAUCAAAAACUAAUAGUCAAAUUGUAUGAAAUAAUUGCUUCUUGGUAGAAUGAGAUGUUAGCCAAUCUUGUAGGAUGUUAGUAAAAUCUUGAUUUUUGUCCCUCUUCUAUUAUAAAAAAAAAAGACAGUUAUAUAUAUUUUUAUCUAUCAGUAUUAAGCUUGAAAUGUUAGUUCAAAAAUGUGCAUCAAAUUUUCCUUGGAGAAAUAAAAGCCAUUUGUUGUAGCUUCAGGUUCUUGAGUGAAUUCAAAAGUUUCUGCUUCUAGCUGCUAUGUCUCUACAGAUGUCAAGUAGCCAUUGGACUUGAAAGAGUGUCAACAAAGUAUCACUGAAGCCUAACCUUUAUUGAUUAGACUUGAGAGAGUUCAGUGGUGCCAAACCUUUAUUUCAAUGCUGACAUAACAAACAGACAGUUUGUUAUUAUUGUAUUUGAAAAACAUAAAUGUCUACCAAAAUUGAGGCCUACUUUCUCAAACUCUUUACAAAGGUAACCUGUUAAUCAUAAAUACUGUAUGUUAAAAGAUGAAGUUAGUGAUAGGCUUCUUAAAAAGUUGGUUACGAGUUUCAAUUGUGAUUAUAGAUCUGCUUGUUUGUUUGUUUUUUAUGGUUGUUUUCUUUUUAUUGAAAAUAGUCAACUUUUUAUGUGUGUGGGUGUGUUUGAUCUCAAAACACACAAUAAAAAUUAAACUGAGUGAAUUCAUCAGUAUGAAUUUUAACCAGGUGCAGUAGUUUGUAUUUCAAAUAUCUAAUAAGUCCACUUGGGUGUUGUUUGCUUAUUGGGAGCUCUGUUUAAUUAGCCAGUCACUAGGAACUUUUGUCUCUUGAAAAAAAAAAAGGGGAUUUCCUUUAAUUUCCUUUGAACUUUAAGAUGACUCAUUUUCAAAACCUGAUUGCAUUCAAGGUUUGCGUGGCCGAUUGCUGCACUUAGUGUAGCUAUAUUGGCUUAGCCAAUGUACAAGAAACUAUUGCAUAUUGGUAAUAAGCUAAAGCACAGGAAAAUAGUAUUUAUUGAUGACUAUUGCUAACAGCCAAUAUGAAAAGGAUUUUCAGCCAGUGCAUGUUUUCAAGAGGGGAAAAGUCCUCUUAAAUAACUACCAACAAUGAUUUCAUUGGCAGUUUUCUUUGCUUCUUUUCUCCUCAUUUUCAUCUUAGCUAAUGAUACAUUUAUUUGUUUAGCUCAAGUUUAUUUAUUUAAUGACAAUAUUUUAUCAAAUCUUUAAAAUAUCAAAAAUAAUUUAAAAUUAACCUAUCACAUUUUUUUUAAAGUUUUUUUUUAUGUAUCUUAUAAAACAUGGUAACCACUAUUGUCAUUCCGAGAUAAGAAUAAAAAUAGAUGCACAUUUUUUCAAGACUAUUUUUGCAUUCCUAAAAGCAUGUAUGCAUCCAAAAUUCAAAACAGUGAUACCCAGCAUAGGGCCUGCAGGCCAUAUCUGGCCCAUGGUGCAGUGCUGUUUGGCUUUUGAAGCUUCUGCUCAUAGUACAUAAUCAAACUGCAGAGGCAAAUUUCAUUUUGUUUUUAAAUGUGGCCCAUGACCUGUAUUAGAAAUUCAGCCUUCAGGCUGGAAAAGGUUGGGCAGCGCUGAUCUAAAUCAUUCCUUGAGAGUUUUGUCCACAUUUUUCUUAAGCAAUGCAUGAUUUUAUUUCCUGUCCAACUUUUCAUAGGCCAAAAAAAAACAAAACUUGUAGGCUUUUUAAAAUGUUGAUAGAACAGAAAGAAAAAAAUAGAUUCAAGUUUUCUUU